AUGUUUGAGGACUUCUCCUUCUCGUCGCCUUCAUCGGGGCCCACUCGCCUGGCCGUUGAUGCGGACGAGCGGCUGAUGGUCGACUGUGAUAGCACUAUGAUAUCCCCCUUGUCGUCGCGGUGCCCCUCGCCGCAAUCGCACCGAUUUCGCACGCUGUCCCGCCGCCAGAGCAGCUAUUUUCGCUCCCAGCAACCGCCUCCCACUUCGGUGCCCUUUCCGUACGAGUCGAAGCGUCUCUCGAUCUCAACAUUGACGCAGAAGUUGCAUGAACACACUCUCCAGAGCCCCAUCGGGCGCAACGAGACUCCUGACUCCCGGCGGUUACGGCACGACCGGACCCGGCUACCAGGCCGAUACUCAGGCUAUGUCCUAACGCCCCCCGACACAGAUCACGACGAGGAUGGACACUUUGACUCCUCGCCUUCGCUCUGCUCGAAUCCAAGCCCAACCUCUAUCCCUCCCGAUUUCCCCUCCCUACCGAACCCGACACUCAACCCCCCAGAUCACUUCAAUGUGCGCAUGCAGCGGCAGCACAUCUCUCAGUUGCAAUGCCACGAAGGAGACAUCGAUUCCAUUCGGCGCACUGUGCUUGAAGAAGAUUCCCCGUACCCAGAUACCCUCCGUGAAGACGAUUGCCACCCGAGUUCGCUUCCGCCGCGGUCCUCGCCCCGUCGGAGGGCAGCAACCUUGCACCGAAGUCGAUUCGGACCCCCGGAUGUUUUGGCAAGCGAGACCCGCGGGCGGCGCAGGAGCAGCUCGGGUGCGAUGCAAUCCCACCGAAUAGAGAAAAGCCACCACCAUGCCUAUUCAGGACGGGAUGCACGCGGCGACCAUGGUCUUCGAAGAAAGAGCAUAGUGAGCGCAGCGCUCGCGUCUGUCGUGGAACGGCCUUGA